CUUGGCUGCGAAUAUAUUGGUGCUCUGCCAUACUCCGAGAAAUAGCGGGGACGAACUGCAGACGCGUUACACUACUGUGCAAUAUAAUAUAUGAUAAAUUUUGUAGGCUGCAACACCUACAAAAGCGCAAAUUACCUCCUGCGACCAUGACACCAGAAUGUUUUGAGGAUAAAUUUUGUAGCAUCAAGGACGAGUGUACCCAUCUUCAUUCUUCAUGCGUCUGCCAGAAUUGCUGCAGAAACUGCAAGAUCUUCUUCGGCUUCUUCGUCGUGUCGCUCUCGUUACAUGUCGUCACGCUGUCGUGCUUUCUCGACCUACGAUCCGAAUGGAAACGCGAACUUCACACGAGACGCGGCGAUAUGGAGAGAAGAGCAGAUCCUGAAGAACUAAUAUUCGUUUCUGAUAUAGAGAUCUCAGCACAAAACCAUGAUUUCACUGACCUAACAGAAGAAAAGAGAAUCAGUUUUUGGCGAACAAAAAGAGCAACCAAAGAAUCCAACGGAAAAAGGAAAAAAGGCAGGAAAAGAUCACAAGGCACACCUGGUCCAACUGGGCCUCCAGGUCCUCCAGGGCCACAGGGACCCCCUGGCAUUCCUGGUAUUCCUGGUAUUCCUGGCAGCAAUAGUUUAGGACCAUUAGGUCCCCCUGGACCCCCAGGUCCAAGGGGCCCUCCAGGCCCACAAGGGCCAGCAGGAUCUGUUGAUAAAACCAAAGCAAGAGUGUUACAGCCUGCUGUUGUUCACUUGCAAGGCCAAGAGACAACCAUAUUAGUAAGAGAAGAUCUUCCAGAGGGUUUGCUGAAAAACUGGAAAACUGUCUCAGUGCAACACAAUGUUUUCAAGAUGCACUCGCGCUCUGGAGAGCUAGAGGUGCUCAUGGAUGGCAUCUACUUCAUCUAUAGUCAGAUCUACUAUCUCAACUUCACGGACAUAGCAAGCUACGAAGUGCUGGUGGAUCGCUUACCAUUUCUGCGCUGUACAUGUAGCAUUGAGACUGGACAGCGCAAGUUCAACACGUGUUAUACGGCUGGUGUGAGCAUGCUGCGUGCCCACCAACGCAUCUCCAUCCGCAUUGUUUAUGAGGACUUGUUAAUCAGCAUGACUGAUCAUUCCACUUUUCUGGGUAGUGUGCGCCUGGGAGAUGUGCCUUCUUCUGGUCACUCUAAAACACAUAGAACAUUAUCACCUUAUGUGUAGUCAUCAUCCAGUCAGCAUUUCACUUAAUGUCACUAAAUAUUAUGCCAGCAUUAUUAAUAAGCAUAAUAUUUAGUGCCAUUAUGUGCCAUCUCUGUCUUCAAAGUAAACUUUUUAGUUAAACUGGAGAAAUCAUUUUACACUGUACAUACAAUUGUUUUCUCAAUGUAUAUAUGUAUAUAAAAUAAAAAAUAUUUUUGUACAAUGAUUCAAGUACAAUAAAUGCUUAUGUAUACCUUAUGUGGACUGUUGCUUUAAAAUGUGCAGAUGCUAAACAAUCUGUCUGUGGAAAUUUAAAGGAACCAGGAACAUUUACUGUUAAGAGGUAAUAAAAUUAAACAUGGCUUCAAAUCUUUUUUUACCUUUCAAAUCUUUCUAAUUCUCACUCUCAUGUUAAAUUGAAAAUUAUAUGAUUUUGCAACUUGUGAUUAACAAAGCCUAAUAAUCUCAAUCAAAUCCUAUUAAAACCACUGACUGCUCCAUAUACUGGACCACUGUUAGACAAUGUGCCUGGUUUACUGUAUAAAUAAACAUAACCUGAUGGAGAACAUUGUAAACUUAGUUCCAGCAGUAUCCCAGCACAAGGUUUAAAAACUUGCCUCCAGAGGCUUAACUGAUUUUGGACAUAUUUGGGAAAUAAAAGCUUUUUUGUUAACAUUUAAAGAAAAAGUCCACCUGGAACAACAUGCAUAUUGUACUACAGUACAAUUCUUAACGCUGCCCAUUCCCA